AUGACAUCUCCCAGCCCCGGCCCUACACAGGCAUCAGCAGCGACUCUUGCCGCCGCUCUGGAAGAGCAACAACAGCAAGAGCCUCCCCCUGCUGACGGGCUCGAGCCUAAUCACGUUCAGCUCAUUCGUAAUACGGCCUUAGGUGUUAUACGUAAUGGCGCUCAGUUCGCUGAAUGGCUACAAACUAAACGUCGUGGAGAUAAGCAGUAUACCUUCCUUUUCAAAGGGCUUGGCCACGACUACUAUCAGUGGUGCUUAUCGAACCCUGAGGAAUGUAAACGACUGGAGGAUGCAGCACAGGAGCAACAGGCUGAUGAUGCCAAGAACCGAGGUCGGGUUGAACGGUCCAGUGAGUCCAGAGAGAGGUUCCUGAAGGAAGCUCGGGAGUGGUCGGCUGAGCGGAGGAGACGGUCAGAGAGUAGGCUUAGAAGGGUUAAGGAAAGAGAUGAGGAAAGGGAAAAGGAGCGUGCUAAGGAACUAGCCAGUCGGAGUUCCAUGCUACGAGAUCGUCAACCUCGCGGCUAUCGUGGUCGAGACUAUGACAGGAAGCCGAUGGGAAAGGGCAUGGCCAGCUCUUGGAAUAGGAGUUCAACUGCGGUCACGCCUCGACCUCGACCGAAGCCUGUGAAGGCGAAUAAGAUGUAUGGGUGGAGCGAUGAUGAAUUCGUAGAGGGGGAGAGUCCGCGGUCUGAUGGAGAUAAUGUUGAGCAUCUUCCCGCGAGAGAACAUGUUAUUCCUAAUGAGGCCAAGGGAUGGUAUAAAGGCUCGGAUAAUCGGUGGAGACGGGCUAGGAUAACACCAACUCCGGUAUUGACAGUAAAAUUAGACCAUAAGGGACAAGUCGUACACGCUAAGAGUAGUGCUGAACGCCUCGCUAUGUUGAAGUCGAAACUCUUGUCGGGAGGGAAGGCAGCUGAGGAGAAUGAGCAAGCGCCGUUUAAGGACACUGAUGGGGUUGUUGUUAAUGAGAAGGAGCAGAGAGUGCGGGAUCAGAGUGAAGGACGAGAGGCAGAUACUGACGAUACCCCUAAGGCGUCGCGAGUCCAAGUGGGUGCAGAUAAACGGAAGACAGAGCGUGGCAGUGUUAUGAACGAGGAGGAUGGUGAUGGAUCACGUAAGCGGAGGAGGGUAGGUAAGGCUGAGGAGAAUGGGAAGGAAGAGUCGCAGGUUGAAGGUAAGGAGAUGGACCAAAGGCAGAACCCCAAAAGGAGGUCUUCUUUAUCACCAAGGAAGGAGGGCUCGUCAUCGCCUUCUGUGGAGGCUCGGCAGAGACAACUCCGUGCGAAGUUACUCGGAUCGAAACGGAACAGUGACGAUGGUGGAGCUGCCUGACGUAGAUGAUGUGUAACAAUCCUACGAAUGAUUAAGCUGGUAUGGUUACAGACUGCUUUUCCGCU